GUUAUUUAUGACCGGAAAUGCUUCUGUUUUUUUUCACAAAAUAAUUUGUCAAGAUGCGGAAGUGAGACUCUUAUUUUGAAGGUCGCCGCGGGCGGAAGUGGUAGCUGGCCGGACGCCGGUGUUUUUGGAUCAAAGUCCGUCAGAAAACCGUCAAACUGACAGAAAAUAACGGAAAAUAAAGUCUGUGCGCGACGUUUAACGGGCCGCGGUAGCCGUGAGGGGCUCGCGCGCCACUCUGAGACGCUGUUUGUACGGAUUUAAACCCGGAAAUUAACGUCAAAGUGGACCGAAGUUUCCGGCUAACGUUAGCUCACCGGGAGGCUAACACCGAGCUAACAGCUAACAGCAUCGCAAAGUAAAGGUGUCCACAGGUGAGCAGAUGGUCGCGAGGGCCCGGACAGCCGUGAAAGGAUGCUCCAGGGGCCGUACGCCAGCCUGGAGCGGGACCGUCCGCUCAUCCGGCUCCCUUUCACCAGCUUCGCUGUGGUGACGGUGCUGCUGCCUCUGACCGGCCUCAUCGCCUGCCUCUUCAUCGCGCUCGUGUACCACUUUGAAGAGGCCACGUCCACGCACUGUCAUGUGUCAAACUACCUCCCGUCCAUCAGUGCCGCCAUCAGCCGCGUGCCGGAGCGCUACAUCUGGCGUUGCUGCAUCGGGCUGCACUCGGCGCCGCGCUACCUGGUGUCUGCCAGCUACUUCAGCUUCUACCGCGGCCGCUUCGCCAAGAGGCUCCCGGAGCUGCUGCUGAGCGGGCUGGCGCUCCUCAGCAGCCUCGCCGAGAACACGGGCCUGCUGCUGCUCACGUACGUGGCGUCCACCGAAACCUACAAUGUUCAUAAAAACGGUUUCAUCGUGUUCAUCGCGAGCUCGCUGCUGCACAUGCUCAUUACAUGCAGACUGUGGCACGUGAUCAGGAGACACUAUGUCAACCCAGAGGAAAUGACGUCUUAUCGCUGGAAGGUGCGUCUCUUCCUGUUUAACGUCAGCUGCUGUCUGGCCGCCGCGUACUUCUUCAGACGCCACAACAAGUACUGUGAGACGGGAGUCUACACGCUGUUCGCCUUCUUCGAGUACCUGGUGGUCUUCUCCAACAUGGCGUUCCACAUGACGGCGUUCUGGGACUUCGGGAGCAAAGAGGUGAUCGUGGCCACGCCCCCUGAGGACAAGCGGUACUGAGCGUCACCUGAGGACUGUUUUUAAAGAUCAGGUGACGAGAAACUGACCGCCGAGACACCAGGUCUGAACUUUACGUGAACACGUGAGCGUUACGAGAGAACGGAUUAAACUCGUCAUCAUUCCAGCAAACAGCUGAGUCAGCACGUCAGCGAUGACUCAGCAGCACAUUUACUGAGCUCUGUGGAGGACGAAGAAUGACUUCAGCACCAAUAAAUACCGAAAUAAAUACGGGAACGAAUAAACAGAUGACUCAUUAAAUAAAAAAGUAUAACAGA